AUGUCUGAACCACAGCCGUUAAGAUACGUCGAUAUCGGGAUCAAUUUUAGCGAUCCCGUGUUCAGGGGAGAGUAUCACGGCAGACAAGUCCAUGAGAACGAUUUGGACGAUAUCAUCCAGCGUGCCCGCGAUGUGGGCUGCCAAAAAUUCAUGGUCACUGGCUCCGAUCUCGAGGAGUCGCAUCGGGCAAUUGAGAUCGCUCGGAGCUACCCGGGCUUCUGUUAUGCCACUGUUGGAGUGCACCCGUGCCAGGCUAAGCUUUUCGAUUCAUAUCCGGGAGGUCCCUCUAAAUUGAUUGACGACCUCCGGACUUUGGCUCAAGAAUCCAAACAGUCGGGAUAUGUUGUUGCCUUUGGAGAAAUCGGGCUGGACUAUGACCGACUGUUUCUGAGCGCCAAAGAGCCACAGCUCAAGUACUUCGAAGCCCAGCUGGAUCUGGCCGUGGAAAUCCAACUCCCUCUUUUCCUUCAUUCCCGCGCUGCCAGUGAAGAUUUUGAGAAGCUUCUGGCGCCGCGACUAGCCAAACUUCCCAAGGGUGGUCUGGUGCACAGCUUUACGGGCACGAUGGAGGAGAUGAACCGGAUGGUGGCUCUCGGCCUCGAUGUGGGCAUCAACGGAUGUAGCUUGAAGACGGAGGAAAAUUUGGAAGUGGUGAAAGCUCUGCCACUAGAGCGCCUCCAAAUCGAGACCGAUGGUCCUUGGUGUGAAAUCCGGCCUUCUCAUGCGUCCUCCAAAUACUUGGAAGGAGCGCCGACGCUCCCCAAGGCCGUGAAGAAAGAAAGGUGGCAGAAAGGAGCCAUGGUCAAAGGAAGGAACGAGCCAGCUGCCAUCGCGCAUGUUGCCCAUGUUAUCGCGAAUCUCAAGGGGAUCACGGUGGAGGAGGUCUGCGAAGCGGCUUGGAACAACUCCAUUCGAAUGUUUGGACUAGGGGAAUCGGUGUAG